GUUUAAAUUCUCUUUGUAAAAGUGUUCUGUGGGGAUCGGGGUCUAGAAAAUAUAAAAGCAUUAAAAUUUAUUUUAAUAUUCUUUCAAGUUUCCACAAUUUUCCUGACUUCUGUGAGUGUGAAUUUAUUUUACUUAUUACGUGAAGAUCUUACGUAUUAUUAAAGCUAAAACAUACAAUACUUAUACAUUUGCGAUUGGUGUUCUAUGUAUUUAAAAUAUGACUCUAUCAGAAUACGAUCAGCUGAAAAACCAUAUCAUUUAUUAUUUAGGAUUACAUGAAGAUCACAGUUCUUUAUUAACAGUUCUUAAGGAAUUUUAUAAAGAUGAUAUAGAUUCUCCUCGAAGAUACGAGAAAAUAAAGACAAUUCGUGAACUACUCCAUUUGUUAGAGAUCAGAUAUGUAUUGUCUGAAGCUAACUUAACACCUCUAAAAGAAAUUUGUUACAGAGCUAGUGAUAAUCAUUUACUUCAAAGAGUACUGGAUUAUGAGCAGUUAAGUGCUUCAAAGGGCAAGGACAAUAAUUGUUACUAUGAUUUAAAAAAUGAUCAAACAUACCAAACUACUACUACAGGCCAUCACUAUGGUAACAUAAGCGACCAUAAAAAGAAUAGAAUUAAUCAGAUUAUAAUUGAGGAAAUAGGUAGUUAUUGGAGAAAUCUUGCCAGGAAUUUAAGAGUACAGGAACAAAUAAUAGAUGAAAUUGAAAGCAAAUACAAAGCAAUAUCUGAAAAAGCAUCAAAGCUACUCGAGUUCUAUGAAACAAGAGCAGAUCCACAAAGAGGUUUCUAUGUUUUGUGUAAUGCUUUAGAAAAAUCAAGAAGGAAAGAUAUUAGUAAAUCAAUACAGGAAGUCAUGCUUAUGAAUAUAUAAUUAAACAAAGCUUAUAUUGAUA